AUGUCUAAUAAUAACUCAGUGGAUUAUUGGAAGCAGCUGUCUCAGUCGCCAGUUGUGCCCUGGUUCAACAGUGCUCUGCUGUUCUUCACUCCUUUGAUUUCGCCCGCAGUGGAAGCGCCGGCGUCUAUAGCUCUGCGCAAUGCCAGCGGAUUGAUGUCCUUCUUUAGCAGACCGAAGUACUUUGGUCCUACUGCGAAGACGUCCAUUUUAUUUGGCGCGGCACAGGCCCUCGGGGGGUUUAUUCUACAAGACGGCGAUGCAGAAUCAGGUUCCGGAUUCUUGGCUGCAUGGUCUACAUUGUAUAUGCUUGUUGGCGGCCGCGGCUCUCUAAAAGCCCUACGCUACGGAAGAGUCUGGCCUUUGCUUCUAUCUUCAAUCAGUAGUGCUAGUGCGGUCUUGUAUGGAAGAAGAUUCCUCACCGGGCACUUUGAGUGA